AUGGACCAUGGUAGCGGUCAGAGCAAAGCAAUCGAGCUCGGAGGCGGAGCAUACGGUACGAGCAGUCGGAAACAAUUUGUAUUUGAGCGUUUAACAAAUCGCAGGGCUUCGCACCGUACCGUAUACGGUAUACGGCCGUAUAGCCACGGUACAGUGACGGGCGACGGCUGGUCCGUAUACCGUACCGUCAAGGCUCUCAGAACUAGGCUGACGACAACCCACACGGCCGUCUUUAUACGGUUGUUAACGGGCAACGGGAUAUCCGUAUACCGUCCGUGUCUGGGCAAAGUCUUUUGCCAGACGGAACGGAUACGGUACCCGUAUGACGGCACCCGUACAACCGUACUAUACGGUGACGGCAAAGCAGCGGCGGUAGACGAUGACUCCGGCGCUGAACAACUAGGAUGGAAUCUCAAAAAUGCACGUGGAAUGACUGGGAUAAUCUAA